AUGGCUAGAUCGGGGGAUUCCAUUCACGUCUCGGACAGAAGACAUGGACGAUGUUUACAACUGAGACAAAAGCUCACGGAACAAGAGAUCUUAGAACUCAAAAACUACCUUCCUGAGUGGACUGCUGCAAAACGGUACGAGAAACCAGGAAUAUUCACAGCCAUAGCUCGAGCAGCAAGGUUGUUUUCUCCGAAGCUCAACCAUGGACAAUGGAAAAAGAGGAAGCAGAUCUAUAAAACCUGGUUGUUCAACAACAAGAAAAAGAAGGAAACGAAGGACAUGAUAAAGUUUGGGAGGAAAUGGACCCCUAGGAUGGUGGUCUAUCAGCAGAACAGAGAUGACGUGCUCAAGAGGAUUGAGGUGGAAUACGGGGCAAAGCAAGGAGCUCCGGAUAUGUUCAAGUAUUACCAGGCGACCGUCUGGAAGGUGAUGGAAGAAUUGUCUGAUGAAGAGUUGGAGAAGGCGAAAGAAACAGCCGACAAAUGGUCCAACAACAUUCCUCCUCCCGAGAUCCAAGUGCAAGUCGCCGGUAAGAAGGGACCCGCAUACAUGGAGCACUUCUCCAAUGAGAUGUGGAGACAAUGCAGGAUGAGAGUGUUUGUAUUGUCCGCCUGGAAGAAUGAGCAGGGCCAAGUGCUACCUGGAACGCACGACGAUAAUGAGGCAUUGGGAGACAGGGACAGCUUCAUGAAGACAAAGGACUGGGAGGAUAUCAAACCAAUGUGGCAGGAGUAUGCACAAGCACAGUUCAGUGCUGAGGCAAGGGAUGGCGAACGACAGGAGAAGGGACAUCAAAAAAGACCUAGGAAACCGGCCUUCGAACUGGAGGUGAACGGGGAAGGCAUCCCAUCGCUUCCGGACACUGUGCAAACAAAGCUCGAGGAGAAGAAGGCAAUAGUGAGGGUGUUCCUUACAACACACUACCGACUCUGUUCUGGCAUCGACAAGGCCGUCGUCCCUUGGAGUGCCAUCAUAGAAUGUGAGGAUGACUUCAUAUCACUGAUGUAUCUUCCGAGCAGGGUGCAUUUGAAGGACCCUUCAAAGUUGCAACACUCCGAUGCAACCGCCUUGCUGAACUUCUGGUAUGCUCGCCAGGAGAAUGGUAAUGAUCCAAUCUUCCUGUUCAAAGCAUGGAAGAACAAAGUCGGCAACAUGAUGAAACCAGUCUCAACCGGGGGAUCAGAUGAGUCAUCGUCCAACGAGUCUCAUUAUCUAAUGACUGAUGAUUGA